AUGGGGGAGGAAAAGCAUUCUUGCCGGUCUAGUCUUCUCCCAGUCGUAGCAAAGCCUGCCACAGUCGCCAAGGCUCGGGUCUCCACCCCCCUUCCCAAUCUCUCCCUCCCUUUCCUCCUCCCGCCUUCCUUCAACCUGCUCCAGGCAGAGGCUCCUCCUCAGCCCGGCGCGGGGGAGCCCCACACAAACAAGCCGGGAGGCGGUGCAGCCGGGAUGACUCUUCCGAAAAGGACUCCCCCCGCCUUCCCCCAAAUCUCUCCACCUCUUGAGGGUGUUUCCCCUUCCGAGGAAGGGAAGGGGUCGGCAGCGCCGAGGGGGGCGAGGACACCCGUGAGUGGAGGGGAGAGAGUAAGAGACACCCCCUUCUCGCCUCCACGCCGGCCGCUCCGAGGCCCCGAGCUAGCGGCGGCGCUUCCCCCCUCCCGCCUUAACCCCCCCCACCAACAACAACCUCCUUUUCCGACACGAGUGACGAGGCCGAGGUGCAGCCCACAGCCUCCCCCGCCCUGCUUUCUUCUCUCCUCCCCCAGACGUUUCUUCCCACAGCGCAGCCUAGUUUGUUCAAGAGGGCGUCCCGUCCGCGACCAGAGCAGGGGCCCUGGGGGUGGCGGCACGGAGAGGCGAGAGAAGCCGCGCCAAGCGCGCGGGGUGAAAUGGCGGUUGGCUUCGGGGUGUGCGGCCUCAACCGCCGUUCUCGUCCCCCAUCCCCCCCAUCUCCGUCUCCGCUCCCCCGCCUUCCUUUCCUCCCUCCUCCUUGAGCUCGGGCUGGGCGGGGGUGUCUCAGUUACACGCAGCUGGCAAGCGGCGGCGACGGCACAGGUGCGGGGCGGUGGCGCCCUUCACCCCUUGCUCGCUCCAGCCACACUCAACCCGCAGCCAUUUUGGAGCAAGCAAAGACAAAGAGCUAACCACCGCCUGUCGCCGCCGCCGCCGCCCCACAACAACCUCUCUACCCCGCCCCAUCUCUUCUCCCUCCCCUGCCAGGCCCCGCUGCGGCGUUUCCACUCCGACCCCUUCGCAGCCAAGCCCCGGGACCACCUUCCUCGCUCCCCGGUUAUCAAGCAACCGCCGCCGCAAGCGGCGAAGGCUCCGCAUCCGCCCCUCCCCCCCCCAGCCGCCACCAUAGCCUAG